CGCCGCAAGGACGCAGCCGGUGGAGCCCAAACACAACAACAGCCACCAGUACGGUGUCCUCUGGUAGAAAGCUCAGGAGUCAAACUAGCGCUGUACGAUGACAGACAGCCUGCAGAGAUUGAUGAAUAUAGAUUAAGUGGCGCAGAAAUCGAAAACACCCGGCCGUCGACAUGGUGGUCAUGUCGGGCACAGCCACCGUGCUGCAGCAGUUCGUCAGCGGGCUGAAGAGUCGGAAUGAAGACACCAGAGCCAAGUCUGCCAAGGACUUGCAGCAUUACGUGACCACAGAGCUCAGAGAGUUGAGCCAGGACGAAGCCACUACGUUCUACGAUGAGUUGAACCACCACAUCUUCGAGCUGGUGUCCAGCUCUGAUGUGAACGAGAAGAAAGGAGGAAUUCUCGCCAUCGUGAGUCUGAUCGGCGUGGAGGGAGGCAACGCCACCAGGAUCAGCCGCUUCGCCAACUACCUGCGCAACCUGCUGCCCUCCAGCGACCCCGUCGUCAUGGAGAUGGCGUCCAAGGCCAUGGGACACCUGUCCAUGGCGGGGGACACCUUCACGGCCGAGUACGUGGAGUUCGAGGUGAAGCGGGCGCUGGAGUGGCUCGGAGCGGACCGCAACGAGGGCCGACGCCACGCCGCCGUGCUGGUGCUGCGGGAGCUGGCGGUCAGCGCACCCACCUUCUUCUUCCAGCAGGUGCAGCCCUUCUUCGACAACAUCUUCUACGCCGUGUGGGACCCCAAGCAGGCCAUCCGCGAGGGCGCCGUGUCGGCCCUGCGCGCCUGCCUCAUCCUCACCACCCAGCGCGAGACCAAGGAGAUGCAGAAGCCCCAGUGGUACAAGCAAACGUUCGAGGAGGCGGAGAAGGGCUUCGACGAGACGCUGGUGAAGGAGAAGGGCAUGAACCGCGAGGACCGCGUCCACGGGGCGCUGCUCAUCCUCAACGAGUUGGUCCGCAUCAGCAGCAUGGAGGGGGAGCGCAUGCGUGAGGAGAUGGAGGAGAUCACGCAGCAGCAGCUGGUCCACGACAAGUACUGCAAGGAGAUGAUGGGCUUCGGCACCAAGCCGCGGCACAUCACGCCCUUCACCAGCUUCCAGUCGGUGCAGCCCCAGCAGACCAACGCCCUGCUGGGGCUGCUGGGGUACAGCUCCCCCCAGGGGUUCCUCAGCUUCGGGGCCACGCCCACCGUCGCCAAGAACUCCCUGGUGGAGAGCCGCUACUGCCGCGAGCUGAUGGAAGAGCGCUUCGACCAGGUUUGCGGCUGGGUGCUGAAGUACCGGACCACCAAGAACCCCCUGAUCCAGAUGACCAUACUGAACCUGCUGCCCCGCCUCGCUGCCUUCAAGCCAGUCUCCUUCACAGACCAGUACCUGGCGGACACCAUGGGAUACCUGCUGGGCUGCCUGAAGAAGGAGAAGGAGCGCACCGCGGCCUUCCAGGCCCUGGGGCUCCUGGUGGUGGCCGUCAGGGUGGAGAUCCAGCCCUACCUCUCCAGGGUGCUGGAGAUCAUCAAGGCCGCGCUGCCGCCCAAGGACUUCGCCCACAAGAGGCAGAAGACCAUGCAGGUGGACGCCACGGUGUUCACGUGCAUCAGCAUGCUGUCCCGGGCACUGGGCCCCAGCAUCCAGCCUGACAUCAAGGAGCUGCUGGAGCCCAUGCUGGCCGUGGGUCUCAGCCCGGCCCUGACGGCGGUGCUGUACGACCUGAGCCGGCAGAUCCCCCAGCUGAAGAAGGACAUCCAGGACGGCCUGCUGAAGAUGCUGUCCCUGGUGCUGAUGCACAAGCCGCUGCGCCACCCGGGCAUGCCCAAGGGCCUGGCCCACCAGCUGGCCUCGCCCAGCCUCACCAACAUCCCCGAGGCCAGCGACGUGGGCAGCAUCACCCUGGCCCUGCGCACCCUGGGCAGCUUCGAGUUCGAGGGGCACUCGCUCACCCAGUUCGUGCGGCACUGCGCCGACCACUUCCUGAACAGCGAGCACAAGGAGGUCCGCAUGGAGGCGGCGCGCACCUGCUCGCGCCUGCUCAGCCCCUCGGUGCACCUGAUCAGCGGCCACGUGGUCAGCCAGACCGCCGUGCAGGUGGUGGCCGACGUGCUCAGCAAGCUGCUGGUGGUGGGCAUCACCGACCCAGACCCGGACAUCCGCUACUGCGUGCUGGCCUCCCUGGACGAGCGCUUCGACGCCCACCUGGCGCAGGCGGAGAACCUGCAGGCCCUGUUCGUGGCGCUGAACGACGAGGUGUUUGAGAUCCGGGAGCUGGCCAUCUGCACCAUCGGACGCCUCAGCAGCAUGAACCCCGCCUUCGUCAUGCCCUUCCUCCGCAAGAUGCUCAUCCAGAUCCUGACGGAGCUGGAACACAGCGGCGUGGGCCGCAACAAGGAGCAGAGCGCCCGCAUGCUGGGACACCUGGUCUCCAACGCGCCCCGCCUCAUACGCCCGUACAUGGAGCCCAUCCUCAAGGCUCUGAUCCUGAAGCUGAAGGACCCGGACCCCAACCCCGGGGUGGUCAUCAGCGUGCUGGCCACCAUCGGAGAGCUGGCGCAGGUGAGUGGACUGGAGAUGAGGAAGUGGAUGGACGAGCUGUUCCCCAUCAUCAUGGACAUGCUGCAGGACUCCUCCUCCCUGGCCAAGAGACAGGUGGCGCUGUGGACGCUGGGCCAGCAGGUGGCCAGCACGGGCUACGUGGUGGAGCCCUACCGCAAGUACCCCUCCCUGCUCGAGGUCCUGCUCAACUUCCUCAAGACCGAGCAGAACCAGGGCAUCCGCAGAGAGGCCAUCCGUGUGCUGGGCUUGCUUGGCGCUCUGGACCCCUACAAGCACAAGGUCAACAUCGGCAUGAUCGACCAAUCGCGCGACGCCUCCGCCGUCAGCCUCUCCGAGUCCAAGACCAGCCAGGACUCCGCGGACUACAGCACCAGCGAGAUGCUAGUGAACAUGGGCAACCUGCCCCUGGACGAGUUUUACCCGGCGGUCGCCAUGGUGACCCUGAUGCGCAUCCUCCGGGACCCCUCGCUCUCCAACCACCACACCAUGGUGGUGCAGGCCGUCACCUUCAUCUUCAAGUCGCUGGGCCUCAAGUGUGUGCAGUUCCUGCCGCAGGUCAUGCCUACCUUCCUCAACGUCAUCCGGGUGUGCGACGCCAGCAUCCGAGAGUUCCUCUUCCAGCAGAUGGGGAUGGUGGUAUGCUUCGUGAAGAUCCACAUCCGGCCCUACAUGGACGACAUCUUCACCCUCAUCAGAGAGUACUGGACGCCCAACAACCCGAUGCAGAACACCAUCAUCCUGCUGAUCGAGCAGAUCGUGGUGGCGCUGGGCGGGGAGUUCAAGCUCUACCUGCCACAGCUCAUCCCCCACAUGCUGCGCGUCUUCAUGCACGACAACAGCACCGGCCGCGGCGUCACCAUCAAGCUGCUGAACGCCAUCCAGCUGUUUGGAGCCAACCUGGACGACUACCUCCAUCUGCUGCUGCCCCCCAUCGUGAAGCUCUUCGAUGCCCCCGACGUCCCCCUGCAGGCCCGCAAGGUCUCCUUGGAAACGCUGGACCGUCUGACGGAGUCCCUUGACUUCACCGACUACGCCUCCCGCAUUAUCCACCCCAUCGUGCGCACGCUGGACACCACGCCCGAGCUGCGCGCCACCUCCAUGGACACGCUGUCCUCCCUGGUCUUCCAGCUGGGCAAGAAGUACCAGAUCUUCAUCCCCAUGGUGAACAAGGUCAUGCUGAAGCACCGGGUCAACCACCAACGCUACGACAUCCUCAUCUGCCGCAUCGUCAAGGGCUACACCCUGGCCGAGGAGGAGGAGAACCCCCUGGUGUUCCAGCACCGGCAUCUCCGCGGUAACCAGGGCGACACGCUGGCCAGCGGGCCGGUGGAGCCGGGGCCCAUGAAGAAGCUCCACGUCAGCACCACCGCCCUGCAGAAGGCUUGGGGGGCUGCCCGGAAGGUGUCCAAGGACGACUGGCUGGAGUGGCUGAGGAGGCUGAGCGUGGUGCUGCUGAAGGAGUCAUCCUCCCCGGCCCUCCGCUCCUGCUGGUCCCUGGCCCAGACCUACAUCCCCCUGGCCAGGGACCUGUUCAACGCGGCGUUCCUGUCCUGCUGGUCGGAGCUGAGCGAGGACCAGCAGGACGAGCUGAUCCGCAGCAUCGAGCUGGCCCUCACCUCCCAGGACAUCGCUGAGGUCACCCAGACGCUGCUCAACCUGGCCGAGUUCAUGGAGCACAGCGACAAGGGCCCGCUGCCCCUGAGGGACGAUAAUGGCAUCGUGCUGCUGGGGGAGAGGGCUGCCAAGUGCCGAGCCUACGCCAAGGCCCUCCACUACAAAGAGCUGGAGUUCCAGAAGGGGCCCUCACCCCUCAUCCUGGAGGCCCUCAUCAGCAUCAACAACAAGCUGCAGCAGCCUGAGGCCGCGUCGGGGGUGCUGGACUACGCCAUGAAGCACUUCGGCGAGCUGGAGAUCCAGGCCACCUGGUACGAGAAGCUCCACGAGUGGGAGGACGCUCUCCUGGCGUACGGCAAGAAGAUCGAGCUGGCCAAGGAGGAGCCGGACCUCAUCCUGGGACGCAUGCGCUGCCUGGAGGCCCUGGGGGAAUGGGGCCAGCUGCACCAGCAAUGCUGUGAGGAGUGGACGCUGGUCAGCGAGGAGACGCAGGCCAAGAUGGCUCGCAUGGCUGCGGCGGCCGCGUGGGGGCUAGGCCACUGGGACAGCAUGGAGGAAUACACAUGCAUGAUCCCUAGAGACACGCACGACGGAGCCUUCUACAGAGCCGUCUUAGCCCUGCAUCAGGACCUCUUCUCAUUGGCCCAGCAGUGCAUCGAUAAGGCCAGAGACCUGCUGGAUGCGGAGCUGACAGCCAUGGCCGGGGAGAGCUACAGUCGGGCCUACGGGGCCAUGGUGUCGUGCCAGAUGCUGUCGGAGCUGGAGGAGGUGAUCCAGUACAAACUGGUCCCAGAGAGGAGGGACAUCAUCCGAGACACCUGGUGGGAGAGACUACAGGGCUGUCAGCGCAUCGUCGAGGACUGGCAGAGGAUCCUGAUGGUUCGCUCGCUGGUCAUCAACCCCCACGAGGACAUGAGGACCUGGCUCAAGUACGCCAGCCUGUGUGGCAAGAGCGGUCGUCUGGCGCUGGCCCACAAGACCCUGGUCCUGCUCCUGGGGGUGGACCCGUCCAAGCAACUGGACCACCCGCUGCCCACCACACACCCCCACGUCACCUACGCCUACAUGAAGUACAUGUGGAAGAGCACGCUGAAGAUCGAAGCCUUCCAGCACAUGCAGCACUUUGUGCAGGGCAUGCAGCAGCAGGCGCAGCACGCCAUCGCCGCCGAAGAUCAGCAGCACAAGCAAGAGCUCCACAAGCUCAUGGCCAGGUGUUUCCUGAAGCUGGGCGAGUGGCAGCUGAGCCUUCAGGGCAUCAACGAGAGCACCAUCCCCAAGGUGCUGCAGUACUACAGCCACUCCACCGAGCACGACCGCAACUGGUACAAGGCGUGGCAUGCGUGGGCGGUGAUGAACUUCGAGGCGGUGCUGCACUACAAGCACCAGAGCGCCGGCCGCGACGACAAGAAGAAGGUGCGGCACGCCAGCGGGGCCAGCGGCGCCAGCGAGGCCAGCAACAGCGACAGCGAGGCGGAGGGCGGCGAGCACAGCCCCGCCCCCUCGCCCAGCCAGAGGAAGGUCGGCGAGGACCUGUCCAAGACUCUGCUGCUGUACACAGUGCCUGCAGUCCAGGGCUUCUUCCGCUCCAUCUCCCUGUCCCGGGGGAACAACCUCCAGGACACCCUCAGGGUGCUCACUCUGUGGUUCGACUACGGCCACUGGCCUGAUGUGAACGAGGCUCUGGUGGAGGGCAUCAAGACCAUCCAGAUAGACACCUGGUUACAGGUCAUCCCUCAGCUGAUCGCCCGCAUCGACACGCCCCGCGCCCUGGUGGGACGCCUCAUCCACCAGCUGCUCACCGACAUCGGACGCUACCACCCCCAGGCGUUGAUCUACCCGCUCACCGUGGCCUCUAAGUCCACCACCACCGCCCGCCACAACGCGGCCAACAAGAUCCUGAAGAACAUGUGUGAGCACUGCAACACGCUGGUGCAGCAGGCCAUCAUGGUGAGCGAGGAGCUGAUCCGGGUGGCCAUCUUGUGGCACGAGAUGUGGCACGAGGGCCUGGAGGAGGCCUCGCGCCUCUACUUCGGCGAGCGCAACGUCAAGGGCAUGUUCGCCGUGCUGGAGCCCCUCCACGCCAUGAUGGAGCGCGGCCCGCAGACCCUCAAGGAGACCUCCUUCAACCAGGCGUACGGGCGGGACCUGAUGGAGGCGCAGGACUGGUGCAGGAAGUACAUGCGCUCAGGCAACGUGAAGGACCUGACGCAGGCCUGGGACCUCUACUACCACGUCUUCAGACGCAUCUCCAAGCAGCUCCCCCAGCUGACGUCCCUGGAGCUGCAGUACGUCUCCCCCAAGCUGCUGAUGUGCCGGGACCUGGAGCUGGCCGUGCCCGGGACCUACGACCCCAACCAGCCCAUCAUCCGCAUCCAGUCCAUCGCCGCCUCCCUGCAGGUCAUCACCUCCAAGCAGAGGCCCCGCAAGCUCACCAUCAUGGGCAGCAACGGUUGCGAGUUCAUGUUCCUGCUCAAGGGCCACGAGGACCUAAGGCAGGAUGAGAGGGUGAUGCAGUUGUUUGGUCUGGUGAACACAUUACUGGCCAAUGACCCCGCCUCCCUGCGCAAGAAUCUCAGCAUUCAGCGCUACGCCGUCAUCCCCCUGUCCACCAACUCCGGUCUGAUUGGCUGGGUGCCCCACUGCGACACGCUGCACGCACUCAUCAGGGACUACCGCGAGAAGAAGAAGAUCCUGCUCAACAUCGAGCACCGCAUCAUGCUGCGGAUGGCGCCGGACUACGACCACCUGACGCUGAUGGAGAAGGUGGAGGUGUUCGAGCACGCGGUCAAUAACACGGCUGGAGACGACCUGGCCAAGCUGCUGUGGCUGAAGAGCCCCAGCUCUGAGGUGUGGUUCGACCGGAGGACCAACUACACCCGCUCCCUGGCGGUCAUGUCCAUGGUGGGCUACAUCCUGGGACUGGGGGACAGGCAUCCGUCUAACCUCAUGUUGGACCGACUCAGCGGGAAGAUCCUCCACAUCGACUUUGGGGACUGUUUUGAGGUCGCCAUGACCAGGGAGAAGUUCCCAGAGAAGAUCCCGUUCCGGCUGACCCGGAUGCUGACCAACGCCAUGGAGGUGACGGGUCUGGACGGUAACUACCGCAUCACGUGCCACACGGUGAUGCAGGUCCUCCGGGAGCAUCGGGACAGCGUCAUGGCCGUGCUGGAGGCCUUCGUCUACGACCCGCUGCUCAACUGGAGGCUCAUGGACACCAACACCAAAGGAAACAAGCGCUCCCGAACCCGGACCGACUCGUACACCGCCGGCCAGUCAGUGGAGGCUCUGGAAGGUAUCGACCUGGGAGAGACCACCCUUAAGAAAGCAGGGACCACCGUGCCGGAGUCCAUCCACUCCUUCAUCGGGGAUGGGCUGGUGCAGCCUGAGGCUCUGAACAAGAAGGCCAUCCAGAUCAUCAACCGGGUCCGAGACAAACUGACAGGGCGGGACUUCUCCCACGACGAGACCCUGGACGUGCCUACCCAGGUGGAGCUGCUCAUCAAGCAGGCCACCAGCCACGAGAACCUGUGCCAGUGCUACAUCGGCUGGUGUCCAUUUUGGUAAAAGGCGUUUUCCGGCAGCGAGUCGCUCCUAUUGGAGCAGAGCGAGAGGAGUCAGCGGAGAGGCGGGGCUUCCACCGCGGCGGCCGGGAUGAACAUCCAACUCUCCUGCUCUUCAAUGUUGCCGUUACUUUUAUUAGUAUCAGACAUUUUUAUCUUAUCUUACGACGGCCAGGGUCGCCUCUGAGGUAACCUGGUUAGCAUUAGCAUUAGCCCCUCCGCGCUUCCUCACGUGGUUGUCGACGGCAACGCUGUCCCACGCCGGGGCUGACCACGCUUCCCUCCCCACGCCGCCCAGAGCUCCUCCCACACACACACACCACCCCCCUGUUGUAUGUUAUUGUGUAUUAACGUGUCGAUUUUGACCAGAACCUAUCGUCUGCCUUUUACUAAAGUGGACCUCCCGUGGUCGUUUCAUAACGGACCAGGUGGACGGGGCCACUGGUCCGAGGCGUCGUGAUGUACCGGCAGGGAUGUGCCAAUAAAUCAGAGGACGAUUCUCACUACA